UGCGGUUAUCCCUUGGGCGCCCCUCAGGUAAGACAGGGGAAAUACACAAUAGAAGUGUUUGAAUACGGAAGACACAAGCGAAAUGCCAUGAUGGAAAGAAAAAAUUACAAAAGGAUCUAAAGUUUGGAAUAUCACUGAUUUCCGAGAGUUGGGGGAAUAUUUCUUGAAUCUCUAAUACUUAUUGGUUUGUGAUCGGAAUUCAGGUAUGGUGCAGUUCCCAUAUGAUGUCAGACUACGUAAUUUGUUGUCUACUUUGAUUAUAUGCACAAUGGUGGUGCACCAGGCUCUAUCCUGGCGGGUGGUGCUGAAGGUGGGGACGGGACAGGACAUUUCCCCCGCCACCAGUAUAGAGCACCUGUGGCUGUCUGACGUCACAGUCAACGACGACCGCGUCACUUACGUGAACACACGUGACACGGUGGUAGCCAGGUACAGGCCCACCUACAAGUCAAGCUACAUCAACAUCUGGGAGGGAAUCAAUCUGCUCAAGAUGAGCAUGUAUAAGGACGGCAAGGAGGCCGCGUAUCUGAUGUUUAACACCACUGGGUACACCAGGACUAACUUCUUCAAGUUCUCCAACAUCAUCAGGAGUUCGUUCACAGACCUGUCUCCCUCAGUCAGCAUGGCCAUCACUGGGAACCUGAGCCGGAGCUUCGAGCUGCUGUCGUCUGACACCGGCUACUGUGGGGACAGCAGGGGGUGGAUGGCGGGCGUCAGUCAGAUCGGGAUGGGCAGCUGCUACUCCAAGGAACCCGUCCCCUUCUUCAUGUUCGCCAACAAAACCAAUUCCCUGUUGAACAAUAUGAAUGUGUCCGACUCCUUCGCCAUUUUUGCGGGAGACUGUGUGGAUCAGCCGUGUCUUAACGGAGGGAGGUGUACAGAACAUCUAGACGAUUUUACCUGCCAUUGUGAUUCCCAGUAUUAUGGCAAAACAUGUACAAUUCGAUGUCCCUGUGCUUAUGGAAAGUGCUUCGAAGUAACGGACUCUGACGUCACAAGUUCUGGUAUCGUCAUCAUCAAUGGGACGGUUAUAAAUAACUCCAGCUUUACGCUGGACGGAGGUCGUGUUCGAUUGGCUUGCAAUUGUUUGAAGGGUUAUGAAGGUGUCAACUGCAGCAAAAAUAAAGACGACUGUGUAGGAAAUCCCUGUCAGAACAGCGGGGUUUGUGUGGACAAACUGAACGGAUUCGAAUGUGACUGUCCCGUCGGAAUCUCAGGACCGCGCUGUGAAAAUGUAAGUCCAAAAGAAGACAGCAAUAUGAAGACAGGGGGAGUGGUGGCCGCCGCCAUUACGGUACCAUUGGUGCUGAUUCUGAUCGGCGCCAUGGUGGCCUACGGCAUUUACAUCUACAAAAACCCAGAGGGAUUUGGACGAUCCACUACAUACAAGCAGUUCACCAUUGCCCGAGACUUCGUGCGCAGAAGUUUCCGUAGAGUGUCCGGACGGAAGCCCCGAGCUACCAAACGUCUACAAGUAGACCAGGUUGAGGCUGAUCCGAAGAAUGAGAAAGCGGGAUUUGACAAUCUAGGCUUUAAUGAAGCCACCGGAACUGGAGGUUCCGUCCCUGUUUAUCGCAGAGAAAAUUCGGAAAUGUACGAGUUGUCCGCAAACGACCAGUCGGUGGUCACGGGACCGAAUACGUCAUACGAAAAACUGAACAUAAACAGAAAUCAACAGCAACAGUACAAUAAAGGGCAAGAACCUGGUGUUCCGGUAGAGCGCCCUCAACGCCAAGUCGGCCGACAGGGGAGGGGAAAACAAGCGGAACAGACCCAAAACUACAACCAACCUACAAGAGAACAACAAUCUGGAAACCUUGUUGUUCCACCUGUAAACAAACCAAAAUACCAGCCACGGCAAACAGAAGCACCAAAGGCACCACGAAGUCCAAAUGACGUCACUACGCCGGGAUACCCAACACAUAACAUUAACACACAGGGCAGACACCAUGACUACGAUUCCCGGAGUCUACACGUCAAUGACAGGAGCCCCACCUCAGAAAACGUCCCUUACGAUAGAUACAGAGAUGGAGGGUCGCCAUCAUCACCAUAUGGACGAACUUAUCAAGAUUACAGCCCUCGUGAUCGAGCGGCCGACUCCGCCCCGUACGACAGAUAUCGUGACGAGCACUCAGCCCCACAUUAUCAUCAGAUCGACCCCAGUCAGAACUCGUACGACCCGCGCAGACCACACCCUACAGAAAGUACUUCCUAUGAUCGGUAUCGGGGUGACCGCUCACCAUCAUCCCCUUAUGGACCACCUGACUACCAGAGGAACAUUCCUCAUGCGGAAUCGUCACGUGAUAGAUACCGCGCUGCCGAUUCUCCCUCCUCUCCAUACGGAGAGAACCAAAAAUCCCCAGGGUGGGGAGAAAGAAACUCACAAGAUCGGUACCGUGAUGAGCCCUCGCCCAAUUACAGGGGGGCUAACCCUGCCGAUCGGUACAAUACAGGCAGACAGACGGAUGUAAGUAGUCCGGAGCAAGUGGUGUUUGUUUCCGCUGACCACACGAGAGAGGUCUCCAUUUAAAUCUCCGCAAAACUUGUUCCGAGUUAGAAUAUGCUUUAUAUAUAAUCUGAAGUGAGAACGUCCUUGAAAUCCUGAAUGGACCCGGUAUGAACUGUCUCUACACCUGACACAGGUGAGAAUUAUAGGUGAUUUUCGUGGGAGCGCCACGGAAAAACGAAAUGACGGACAACAGAAAAACACACACUGUGAUAUAUCUAAUCAAGAAUAAUAUUCAUUUUACCUGUACAUAUUUGAUAACAUUAUAUUCAUCACAAAUUGAUUAAUUUCAGUGUAUUGUUUUUUUUAACAAUGUAUGUGCCAUAUGCCAAGGAAAUUACAUGUAAUUCCCCCGUUUGGUGUUUAAGCAGCCAAGGGUUUUAAUUAACACAGUGAUAGACACUUUUUUCAAAAGUUCAUAUAUGUAAAAAUCUGAAAGUAUACCUAUAACAAACGUAUACUUUAGGAUGUGCAUCAUAAUAUAUAGGCCUACUUCUUUCAUCUAUUUUUGGUACAUGUAUAUUAGUACUAUAAAUCUCUGUACCUACGUUCGUCUGCAAAACUUUUUGAUACGAAAAUUUUCACUAUAUGUACGUUUCUAAUAAAUACUUGCAAUAUCAA